AUGCCUUUGCAGCAGAGAGGACCAAAGGAGGAUGUUAGAGUGUGUGUGUGUGUGUGUGUGUGGGGGGCUGUUGCAGGAUAAAAUGCGGAUAGGACUGUGCUUGAACACCGCUUUGGCGACGUUUAAACUGGCGGAUGUGAGUAAAAAACGCCGACAAUCUGUACAACCGCAGAGGAAAUAAUCAACUAGUUUAAGUAAGAUGCAUGGGACGAUUUGGAUGGUGCACUCGUGCCAGACUGCCUCACUUAUGAAGGAAAUUUAGUUAGUGUGCUACCAGUCUUUUCCGGAUUGACACAACUAGGAGAUUCUGUUGAGGUUUAUCACCCACAACCUUGGUAACGAUGGAAAUUGGAGUUGUUCUGCCCUGUCUGGAUCUGUUCAUGCUGAGCCCACUUGUCACUUGGGUGAAGACAUUCAUGCCACAUGAUGGGGGCAUGCACUUGGAGUUUUCGGAAUUACUGGAUGGAGUUUUUUUGAAUGACAUAAUGACACAAAUAAAUCCCUCGGCUACGCCUCAGGGUGCAAACAAAGUGAGCAGGGAUCCAAGUCAGAGAAUCCAGAACCUGAACUUCCUUGUCCAGCAAAUCAAGACUUAUUAUCUGGAUAAUCUGAGACAAUUAAUCAUGAUUCCUUUGCCAAACGUGUUGCUGCUAGGCAGGACUCCUUACUGUGAACAAAGUCUGGAGGAAAUGAAGAAGCUUUUGCUGCUGCUGUUGGGAUGUGCAGUCCAGUGUGAGAAAAAAGAGGAGUACAUCGAGAGGAUCCGGAUGCUUGACUUUGACACAAAAGCUGCUAUAGCUGCACAUAUUCAGGAGUUGACUCAUAGUCAGGAGAACGUGCUGGAUCUGCAGUGGUUGGAGUCCAGCGAGGUGCACCCAGAUGAGCUGGAGGCCGUAGCGAGGAAUAUGGCCACACACCUCCGACAACUUCUGGACCAGAGGGACACCCAUCUAGAGACUAUAGCAGAGCUAAUGCAGGAAAAGGAAGGUGUUGUUAGUUUGCUCAAUACCCCCUCCAGCCCACAGUCUGGCAGCUACUCUCCCAGCAUGCAACAGCAGACGGGGACGCAGCAACACCUGGCUGUGGAGCUGGCUGAUUCUAAAGCCAAGAUUAGACGACUUAGACAAGAACUAGAAGAGAAGAGUGAGCAGAUGCUGGACUGCAGACAUGAGCUGGAGAGCAUGGAGGCAGAACUGAAGAGGAUCCAGCAGGAGAACUCCCAGCUGCUUGUAGACGCCCGUGCAUCCCGCACCUACCGUGACGAGCUGGACGCCCUGAGAGAGAGAGCCAUAAAGGCGGACAAGCUGGAGAGCGAAGUGGGACGCUACAGGGAGCAACUGCACAAGAUGGAGUUCUACAAGGCCAAAGUGGAGGAGCUAAAGGAGGAUAAUAGGGUGCUACAGGAGACCAAAGAGGUGUUGGAGGAUCAGUUGGCGGGCUGGAGGGCACGCUCCGAUAAAAUUCACCAGCUUGAGAAGCACAGUCUGCUGCUGAAGGCCCGGGUCCACGACAUGGAACAGGAGAGGAAUGCAGAUCGGAGGCGCAUUGAGGAGCUGCAGGAGGAAAACCUGGCUCUCUGUUUGGCUCAAAGGAGGAGCAUGGAAGAGUCCCAGCACCUGGGCUGGGAGUUAGAGCAGCUCUCCAAGACAACUGAGAACUCCCAGGGCCAGCAGACUCUGAGCGAGGAGGUGAGUGAGAGGACCCGCAGUGGGAUGCUGAAGCUGGAGAAGGAGAACCAGAGUCUCUUAAGGAGCAUAGAGGAACUCAGAGCUGCCUCUAUUAACAACAGCGCGCAGCCCAAACAUGGCCUCCACCUCCAGUGUGAACAUGUCUGCCAGGUGGUCUGUAGCGCCAACAACUGUACCUCGUCAACAGAUGAACCCACGGGGUUGCAAACCACCUGCUCACAUAUAGAAAACCACACUAAUGUAUUCCCGCUCAGCACAGUAACACAGCAGAUGCUGAAUGGAAGUUCACACUGCCAUCAGCCACUCCAUGCAGAGGAUGAGCUGGAGGGAGUCCAGAGUGAGAUCCUUCUCACCGAGAAUCCAGACCUUCAUAUGAAGGAGAAAGGACAGCUAGAGGACGGAGAUCAUUUUAAAGAAAUGAUGUCUGAUCUGGAAGUCUUAGAAAACAAUCACAAUAGGCUCCAUUGUUUUGUUGGAUCACGGGAUAGCCCCCCUGGCUCGAAGAGCAGCAGUCCCUGCCAUGAAAGCAUCUUCACAGGUCUGCCAACACGUUCCUCCUAUGCCAGCAAGCACACACAGCGGCUGGAGGCCAAGUGCAGGGCCCUGGACACAGUUAACCAGCAUCUGCAGACUUCUCUCGAUAACACUGACCGGAAAGUUCAGCGCCUGGAGGCAGAGGUUGAGGAGCUGGAGGCAGAGAACCAGAGUCUGGAGGCCACUUUAGAAGAACUUCGGAUCACUGCACGUCGCCUGGAGCAACUGGAAACAGAGAAGCAAAGCCUGGAGCAAGAAACCACAGUCCUGGAGAGGGAAAAGAGGCAGCUAGAGAAAGAGAAUCGACGACUCCGCCAGCAGGCUGAAAUCCAGGAAGCCAACUUAGACAGCAGCAAUGUCUGUAUUGCCAGCCUGGAAAGGGAGAUGCGUUUUCUUGUAAAGGAGGUGGAGGGGUUAAGGGAGACUGCUGAGAGGGUGAAAGGCCUGGAGAGAGACAACAGAGAACUGAGCAAGCAAGCUGCUAUCGACCAGAGGACCCUGGCCACCCUCAGAGAGGAGCUGGUGAGCGAGAAGCUAAAGACCCAGCAGAGAAACAAUGAACUGGAGAGGCUUGCCCAUGAUUUGGAAAUGAAGGCCCUGAGCCAGGAGAGUGCAGAGCAAGCUGAACAAGAGGCUACAGACACCAGUAGGUUUAAGAUGCUGGAGUCAGAAUUGGAGUCGUCUCUGAAAAAAUCGCUUCGGAUUAAAGAGGACAAGAUGGCAGCUUUGGAGGCUCGUCUGCAGGAAUCCUCCACCCUGAACCAGCAGCUGCGCCAGGAGCUCAAGACUGUGAAGCUAAGCUACGAGGCCUUGCAACAGAGGCAUGAGGAAGAGUGGACAGCAUCAAGUUCCACCCCUCCCAGAGAGACUGGCAAGGUAAUGAGCGAAUGGCUGCGUGAAAGCCAGGAGGCCACCAAGGAACUGCUGAAGCUCAAAGACCGUCUCAUUGAAGUGGAAAGGAAUAAUGCAACACUGGAGGCAGAGCGCCAGGCUACGCAGGCCCAGCUGAGGCAGCUGGAGAGUCAGUCUGACAGCCAGCAGGCUCAGGUCCUCGCCCUGCAGAGGCAGGCUGCCUCACUGCAGGAGAACAACACAGCCCUGCAGACACACAACGCUAACCUGCAGGUGGAAAAAUCCACUCUGAACUCACAGAGUGCUUCCCUCAUGGCCCAGAAUGCUCAGCUGCAGCAGCAGCAGUCAGGGACAGAAAGCGAGCGUGACGGCGCCAUGCGGGAACGCGAAGACCUGCGCGUUGUUCAUGAGCAGCUGUUACGAGAUCACGAGCGGCUGGCAGCUCUGCAUGAGCGGCAAGCUAUGGAGUAUGAGGCCCUGAUGGGCAAGCAUGGCUGUGUGAAAAACGCCCAUCGCACUCUGGAGCUGGAGCAUCGCACACUGCAGGACAGGUACAAUAGCCUGUUGCAGCAGCGUACCAAGCUAGAAGACCUGGAGAAAGCCCUGAAGGAGGAGCAGCUGAGGAUGGCUCUGGAGAAAGAACAGCACAGGACCACUGCUGCUGAAUGUCACAGGCUCCGUGACGAGAAGGACUGGCUGAACCAGACAUACCGUCAGCUCCUUAACGACAACGAGUUGCUAACGGCGGAUCACAAGCAGCUCAAGAGCCAGCUGAACGAGGCCAAGCUGGAGCACACCUGGCUGGAGGCCGACUUCUCCAAGCUCAAGAAGGAGUUUCAGCAGCUGGACAUUACCUCCACAAAGCUCACCAACCAGUGUGAGCUACUGGGCCAGUUGAAGGGCAACCUGGAGGAAGAGAAUCGCCACCUGCUCAGCCAGAUCGAGACCCUGAUGCUACAGAACCGAACCCUGUUGGAGCAGACUAUGGAGAGCAAGGAUCUGUUUCACGUUGAAGAGAGACAGUAUAUUGACAAACUUAAUGAUUUGAGGAGGCAGAAGGAGAAGCUGGAGGAAAAGAUAAUGGACCAGUACAAAUUUUAUGAACCAUCCCCCCCUCGCAGACGUGGAAACUGGAUCACCCUGAAACUGAAGAAGUUGAUUAAGUCCAAUAGCCGUGAGCAUGGUCCCGACUGCCCACCCACACCCACAAACUCAGGCUUUACUGAGCCACACCUCACCUGUCAGGACAACAGCUCCUUCGUCAGCUCAGAUGGCUCUGGAGGCUCAGCCUUAGCAGGUGACGCCAUCUCACCCCAGCGUAACAGCACGACCAAAAUGUUUCCCCGUAUGAGGAACAGGCUGAAGGACAGAGACAAAGUCAAGUCCCUCUUCCGUCGUUCCAUGUGUAAGAAAGACUGUGGUCCGGUGUCUACCCUCCUCUUCACUGUAGCCUUUUAUUUCACUGCUAACUUGAUUAUACUAACCCUGAGCAGCUUGGCGUACCCCUCGGCCCCGUUCGAGGAGGAUCGGUGGGCAGACAGCUCAGAGCGGCUCGAAGGGUCAGAGGCAGGAGGAGAAUCCUGUGUGGAGGACAGGAAGAACGCAUUGUCCUCAUCCCAUACCACAUCCAUCUUGUCCAUCCUCCACCUUAAUCUUCCCACCACUCUACCAUCUGGCCACGUCACCAUCACAACCACUGACACCACCACCGACACUGUUCCAGAUGUUUCUGAGCUCUGGGUGACAGACAAGGAUUCAAAUGAUAGCGCUGUGCCAUCUGGAUUUGAGGACGACGAGCUGCAAACUCACGGGCUGAAUGGCGUCCAGAGUCGUGCCCAAAGUGAGAGCAGCGCCCCCCAAUGA